GCAUCUUCGCUCAGCGAUACGUGCCAACACUGGUGCCAAGGCGGGUCGAUACUACUUCGAGGUUCAGGUGCUUGAGACCGUUCCCAACGCGCCGAUCUGCUUACUCGUAGGCUUCUCCACGGACAGGUCUUCGCUCUUCCUGGACUCUGCCGAAAGCAUCGCCUUUGACGCUGAGGGCAGGCGAUGGGAUCCGAGCAAGCCGAAGGCGAAGCUGGCGGAGCGUGUGGGCCUUCUGCUGGACCGGCAGGAAGACAUCGUCUCAGUCUUUGUGGAUGGGGAGCUGGUGAAGGAUGAGACGAUCCAGCAAAGUAAGGCCCUCUUUCCUACGCUGGUCUUCCAGAAUCUCACGCUGGCCGUAAGGCUUCUGCCCGCCUCUUUGGCGGCUCCGAGCCCGUGCAUGAUGUUCGGAAACAUCGGGGAGGAACACCGGGUGGCGAGCAGCCUUAGCGCCCUCCAGUCAUCCUGCAGAGAGGUCGUAGUCCCAGUUGCUUUGCCUGGAUGCGGGCUCUAUGACUGGUCCCAUCGCCUGCUGGAGGAGAAGUCUGAGCAUGGCUUGCGGCGUGCCUACCGCACCAUGGCCAAGGAGUUUCAUCCCGACAAGGGCGGUAGCGAGGCGUUGACAGCAGACCUGACCUCCUUGCGGGACUCGCUGGUCCGGGAGCCCUUGAAGUUCCAGAUCUUCAGGGCCAUGUUCGAGGGCCAGCUGCAGCCUUUCAGCUCGCUCGAGUCCACCCGCGUGGAGGUCCAACUGCGGGAGGGCUGGCCCUACCUUCAGGUGGAGCUCGACUUCGACCACGGCGGACUGCUCCUGGACGGAGGAAGCUGGACCUUCGCUUUUGGCUUGAAGAAUGGCAGCACCGUCCACUACCGCGGCGACGAACGCAGCGGCGGGUAUGACGUGUGCUGCGACUUUGUGAGGGAUUCGCAGUGUCAAAGACACUCCUUGUCUCGCUACAAUGCAUCCACGUGCCAAGCAGAGGGAGAAUGUGACAGUCCAUAUGCAGCCUCAGACUGUCCACUGCCAGCCCGUGUGAUGGCCAGAGUCAGAAGGCCUCUACACCAGAAUGUCACCGGCCAGUGGGGCGGCGCGCUGCAGGUCAAGGCGUCCUCUGGCGAGGAGGUAGCGUGCGUCGCCUUUGCGUUUGCCCACCAGGACAAAGAUACAGGUGCGGCGAAUGGUUCAGAACCCAGUGCUCCGGAGCCUUUGGAGGACCCGGCUCCUGACACGGAGCAAGUGGAAGACGUUGGCGGCUUCCGACAUCUUAGCAGCGGCUCUUUCUGUGAAGAUGGGGGCGACCUGCUGGAAGGCGCGCUGGACAACUACGGCGGCAUGUCGCCCUUUGGAGGCGCAGCGCGCGCCAGCGCGGAGAGCUCACUCUUCUACGGCUCCAAGUGCCGGCAGCGGUGCCAACAGCGGCCGAGAUGCCGCUUUUAUACCGCCUACAGCAGUGGCUGGUGUCAGCUCUCCAGCCGCUGCAGCAUGCUGGCGAAGACCGGUGACCCGCUCACGGUGACCUUCGCCAAGAGCGCAAAAGCGGAGACCGAAGCGCGGCCGGAGUUCCUUGAGAUCGGGGAGAUGAUGAUGGAGAGUUGGUGCGUGUCAAGUGGCUUGUCGCGAGCCAGGAAUCCGGGCUCUACGCAUAGCCGGGAUGAGCCCGACCUGUGCUUCAACUUGGAGGAGCUGUCAAACAAGGAGGCCUGGCGCAAGCGAGUCUUUGACCUGGCGAAGCUCAGCGGGCGAUGCCUGGUGCACAGCAGCGUGCGAAAGGGCCUUCUGGAGGCAGAGAGGCGCAGCUUCUUGGAGAACUUUCCGGGGGCCAAGAAGAUUGCAGUGGUCCUCUUUGGGCGGCCCGACGACGACUUCAGAGACUGGGCCAAGCAGCAGAUGAGGCGCCAGCACCAAGCCGCCCGUGCGGAGCUGGACCGGCGCAUCGCCCAAGCGGAGGCUGCAGGAGAGCAACCUCCCGAGGACGAGCUUCCGGAGCCUUCUGACGAGGCGAUCUUCUUGCCCAGCGCUACUGCGGAUGUCGCUGAGAAGCUCUUGGCGCGGGACUUUGGCAGCUUCUCUUUGCCCAGCAAAGCGGAAGGCUUUGACGAGAUACGAUACGAGUGGGCGGAUGAGGAGGGUGCCCAGAAGGAGCUGCGCCAAUGGCUUCAGGAGAAGAAGGCAAAUCAUGUAGUGGAGGGGCUCACGCCGGGCAAGUGGUUCCACGAGAGGCACGAGGCCUGGAAGGAGCUGCGGAAGAUCUUCCAGAAAGGGCAGAUGGAGUUCUCCGAGAAGAUCCGGUCCAAUGCAGAGCUCGCGGAAAAGGCCACGCAAUUUGCCCGAAGCCAUUCGCGGCCGCAGAUGAGCCGGCGGCGUUAG